CGGCACGGACGGCCACCAGCGCCCCUCCCCGAGCACCGGCCUCCAACAAAAAGAAAAAAAACACCAGCCGGCGCGUGCACGCAGACGGUCCAGACGCCAGGCAGACGCGGAUGGGCAGCCUCGCCGGCGGGGUCGGGGCCAGGCGGCCGCGGUUCCUGUGCCUGCACGGCUUCCGGACCAGCGGCGAGAUCAUGCGGAAGCAGGUGGUGGGCAAGUGGCCCGCCGAGGUCACGGCAAGCCUCGACCUCGUCUUCGCCGACGCGCCCUUCCCCGCCGAGGGCAAGUCCGACGUCGACGGCAUCUUCGACCCGCCCUACUACGAGUGGUUCCAGUUCGACAAGGGAUUCACGGAGUACAGGAAUUUCGACAAAUGCCUGGCUUACAUCGAGGAGCUGAUGAUUAAAGAAGGGCCCUUUGAUGGGCUGAUGGGUUUCUCCCAGGGUUCGAUUCUAUCUGGCGCACUUCCGGGGCUCCAAGAACAAGGAUUGGCCUUGACUAGAGUUCCUAAGAUCAAAUAUCUCAUAAUCAUAGGCGGGGCCAAGUUCCGCUCACCCGCAAUAGCCGAUAAGGCGUACGCCAACAUGAUCAAAAUCCCCUCGCUUCACUUCCUCGGCGACAAUGACUUUCUUAAACCCCAUGGUGAGCAGCUCAUAGAGUCAUUUGUGGAUCCAUUCAUUAUACGGCACCCAAAGGGCCACACAGUCCCAAGGCUUGUUGAUGAGACGAGUUUGGAAGUCAUGUCCCGUUUCCUUGACAAGAUGGAAAAGGAGAUAUCUGAACUUCCAUCCGUCAAGGCCGAGGCCGAAGCAGCCGCUGAUGUUGACGAAAAAGAAGUGUGCAUCUGAUAGCACCUCAAGGAUUAGUGCCUGAAUACACAUCAAAUACGCAUAUAGGCAAAUCAUACAGCUGUGACCUCCUUAGUUUUGUGUUGUUGCAAGUGUGUGUGAUUAUUAUUCAAUAAUGAUAGCUAUCGUCUAGCUCUUUGCCACUACUCCUUCACAUCCUAUGGACCUAGUAUAUUUUCUCGUGUUGAUACUGUAUCUCUAUAGUACAACAAAUAACACGAGGAAAAAAAACGGAAGUACAAGAUCCGUGUAAAAUACAUGUAGAAUUUGUUAAGCUAAGGAAGAGAGAACAUUGUGUGACCAA